AAAAUCUUCAAACAGAGCUCCAAUAAAACGUCACAGUCGCCGAAGAACUAACCGCAGUAACCAAGAGACCAUCGUCUCUCGAAGAAAUACCAUACGAAGACACGUACUUUAUACCUCGUUAAAAUUAUGACGCGAGAGAAGUUCCUCGUCGUGCUGUUCCUUGGUUUUAUUGCAAUAGUCCUGAGCUUGCCUCAGCAAUCGAAAUCGAAGAGACCCAUUCCAGUGUUCAAGCAACCUAAAAUUGGUGGUUUGCUGCUUCCCGAUAACGCGACGCUCAUUCGCGAGAACAUCGUCGAUACAUUUUCCUGCCAGAAUAGAAUUUAUGGAUAUUACGCUGAUAUGGAAAACGAAUGUCAAGUGUUUCACGUAUGCUUACCGCAAACUAGAGGCUCGAUUAGAUGGAGUUUUAUUUGCCCUGCUGAGACAGUUUUUAAUCAAGCGACAUUUGUAUGCACACAAACGGAAAGUUCGAUACCAUGCGAGGACUCGGAGAAGUAUUAUGUUUUGAACGAGGAGAUCGGAAAGGAAAUAGAAGAAGAAGAGGAAGCAGAUCAGGAACUAGGAAAAGAAAAUACCACAAAGAUUUCUGAAUUAGAAACGGUGUCGAAGAAAUCAUUUUCGAAAAAUUCUAAAUUAUUAAAUCGAGAGAGAUUGUUCCGGCGUAAUUAAAAAGAAUACAUCUUUUCUACCCUUAUUUGUAAGGGACUGCUCUAUAAAAUACCGUGAUUAUGACUAGCCAACAUCUCGAUUUAAGAAUAAAACAAAUUUUAGCUUGCCCAAUUGAGAUUGACUAAAUGCUCAUUUAGUCUUUAAGAUAAUCGCUUAUAGAUUGCUUAUCGUCUUUGUAAGAGUGCUCAUAAUAACAAAUAGUAGGGCUAAAAUUUAAAUUAUUGUUAAUGUAAAAUAUAACAUUACAUGUAUAAAAUAAAAUUUCUGUACAGUGCCAGUCAAAUACGAAUAGAAUAAGUCGUAUAUAUUACGUAAUUGUGUGCAAACAUAUUAAACGCUUA